UAGACCGUAACUUUCGAAGAAACGAGCUCCAGAAAAUACAUUGCAAGAGCGUCAGAAACAACUGAGGAUCGUUCGUUCGUGUUAAGCGCGAGCGAUAAAGAUAGAAUAUUACGAGAAUGUGUAGGAGCUUCGGUAAAUAAGCGAGCGCAAGAGAGGGGGUUGAAUAGAAAAGAGAGAGAGGAUAGAGAGAAUUCUGUAGUCCGUAAACGCGGUGCUCGUGUUCAGUCGUCUUCAGUCCAACUUGGAUACGCUCCUCGGCUUGUCCUCAGCAGCCAGUUUUCAUAAACGUAUCCGCGAAAUAUUUUUCCCACUUUGCCGUGAAUUGAACCAAAGGUGAAUGCACCUGUACGAGCAGAUACUCCAACUAGAGUAUCUAUUCCAAGACUAACGAGUUCAUUAACGAAACCGGUCUAAUUUAUUUGAAAUUUCUAUCAGAAGGAAAAUCUUCUCCUUCUGUUUGAUCAAUCUCGUCUCAACUCAACGUGUGCGCGUCGAAAUUAAUAGGAAAAUUCGUAAUUGGAUGUGUCGAUAAAACGGAAAUAAACGUAUCUAACCGCGAACAUUGCUAUUCCGCUUUUGCGUGCUGAGAAUGUUUCUUAUUGCACCAGUGGACAAUAAUCGCUGGGCCUAUACGAUGCACGGAUUGGAGAAGCCUAUGGAUCACGUGUCUGCUGGUGGCCUAAUGGCAGGUUCCGUGGCUACCUUGGCGAUCCUAUGGGUCUCUCUACAAACCAUGGGAUUCCUUGGAAAUACGCAUACGAUCGGUGCCUAUAAAUUGCCAAUUUCCUUGCAGAACUAUCUUGCCAGUUAUACAGGUAUCCUUUCAGGUUUGCCGAUGACAAACUACCCUUACGAGGGCGGCGUCGUAGACACGGGUCGUACCCAUAAUCGGCGUUACCCUCACAUUGACGAGGCGGUCUUGAACAACUCGAUCAGUUUCGCGCAAAGCUUGGUCGAUCGUAUGAGCACCCUCGAAAGGAAUAUCGCGAAUGCUGGCGUCGAAUUGAUGGCUCACACGCCGGCUGGAAAACAAUUCCUUGAUUCAUAUCCUUCCGAGGAUGCUUUCGAGAGAGGCCUCGACGCCAUAGUGGCGAUGAAAGCUUCGUCCUAUCUCCUUCAUCAGAGCUGUCACAGAUUCGGGCUGGACAAAGACGAUUGCGCUCGUUUCAUAUCGACCUUGUCGCUGGAGGGGACUCCGUUGAACUCGGCCUGUCCGUCAUCGCGGCACAAGGGGUGCAAUUCUCUGGCCAAGUACCGAAAUAUCGACGGCAGUUGCAAUAAUGUCCAAAAUCCAAGCUGGGGUAGUGCGAUGACCGCGUACACCAGAAUUCUCUUCCCCCAGUAUUUCGACGGGAUCCAAGAACCGAGGCGUAUGGGGCACACGAGAAAGCCGCUACCCGGCGCAAGAAGCAUAAGCGUGGCCGUGUCGACGCCCAACGAUCAGUCGGACGUCAGCAGAACUUUGACGGUGAUGCAGUGGGGCCAGUUCGUUGCGAACGACAUUUCUUACACCCCCAUGCGCAAAAUGGUGUCGACAGGAAAGCCGAUCUCGUGCUGUCGAUCAGACGGAAACACCUUAUCGCCUAGAUACGUACACCCUGAUUGUUCCGUAAUUAUGGUACCUGAUCGAGAUCCUAUUUACGGGCAGCAUUACGUACGAUGCAUGAAUUACGUGCGAUCGUUGCCCGUCCUUAAAGCGGAAUGUACGUUUGGACCCGCGGAACAGAUGAAUCAAGCGAGCCACUUUUUGGACGGUUCGGCGAUCUACGGUUCUACGUUGAAAAAAUCCCGUCAACUGCGCGAGUUCGAAGGGGGUCGCUUACGAGUUCACAAGGAGAGUAACCACGAAUUCUUGCCGAUCGGGGAGGAUGAAAUCUCGUCCGCGUGCGCGAAAAACUGUUACAAUUCUGGCGAUUAUCGCGUAAACACGCAUCCACAACUCGCUGUGAUACACACGAUCUGGCAUCGCGAGCACAACCGAAUAGCCGACAAACUCGCCGAGCUGAAUCCAAACUGGUCGGACGAGACGCUGUUCCAAGAGGCUAGGCGCAUAGUUAUUGCUGAAAUUCAGCAUAUCACGUACAAGGAGUGGCUACCUAUAUUGCUGGGCAAGAGGUACACCCGCGCCGUUGGCCUCACAGUUGGCAACAGCUACAGUCGUAAUUACAAUUCCGAGGAUGAUCCAGCGAUCAGCAACGAGGUCGCGACUGCGGCUCUCCGCUUCUUGACUUCUUUGAUGCAAGGAAAAAUAAGUUUGACAGACGACAAACGCCAGAUCAACAAAACGGUUUCCUUGUCGGAAUACUUCUUCAAACCGAUUAUAAUCGAGUCUGACGAAGUGUUCGACGGUUUGUUACGCGGGAUGGCCACUCAGACCAGCCAGAAAAUGGAUGUCAGCAUAAUCGAAGACGUAACGAGCAAGUUAUUCGCCGCGGGUCAAGAUAGCUUAGGCUUGGACGCGAUCAGCUUGGACAUUCAACGUGGUCGUGAUCAUGGCCUGCCAGGUUACAAUCAUUACAGAAAGUAUUGCGGUCUUCCAAUUGCGAACACCUUCGAUGAUUUCUUGGAUUACAUUUCAGUGGAGAUGAUGAAGAAAUUGCGCGCACUUUACGCUCAUCCCGAUGACGUAGACCUUAUUAUCGGGGGUAUGGCCGAGAGGCCAGUGGAUGAUGGCCUAUUAGGACCCACCUUCCGCUGUUUAAUAUUUGAACAGUUUUCGAGAACCCGUCGCACCGACAGAUAUUUCUACGAUUCUGCGUAUCAACCGCAUCCCUUCACACCCGAGCAAUUGGCACAAAUACGCAAUGUAACGUUGGCAAGAAUAUUUUGCGACAAUGGUAACAAUAUUACCCAAAUGCAACCGAACGUAUUUCUCCGGCCACAAGCAGAAAACGAGUUGAGGUCCUGUACAAUGUUCGAAGCCAUUCCCAGCGUGGAUUUAUUCGCUUGGGCGGAAAGGGCCAAGGCCUAUCGUUGAACUUCCCCUUUAAUUGGCUGGUCACAUUGCCGCAUCGGUUUGCCCGGUUUGUCGCAGGACGGGCACGAUAUUAGAGACGAUGAUUCGAUUUUGGCACAAAAAAAUCUGCCAAACUUUGACACGUAAUCUUAUGAACGCGAGGGAAAAGAAGGACGAAGCUUUUUUUUUUUUUUUUUUUUUUUUUUAUUAUGAAGAACCGCGUGCGAUCGAAUAAUCAACAACGGGCACGAUGAAGAGAAAUAAGACAAUUUGAUAGUAUAUAUAUAUAUUGCAUGUGUAUAUAUGCUACUCGAAAAUCGAUUAAAAUGUAAUAAAGAAGAAAAGAAAGAAAAGAAAAAAAAGAAAAAAAGAGGUGCAUCCAACACACGUGACUAGUCGAUUAAAAAGAGCAUGCUACGGAGUUAUGCUACGAGAAAUUGUAUAAUUAUUCUUAAGAGAAAGGGGGGAGGAGAGAAGAAAAAAAAGAAAAAAGAAAAAAAAAAAGAACGAGUGUUGUGUUCAAUAGAUGGAGAUUUCAAAGAGACAGUUUUAGAUCUUACUAAGGAAAAUUUUUUCUAGAAUAAUUUAGGAAUAACAUGAAAACUCAUAUGAGAAUGCACGCGAGUGAGAAAAGCUAGAUAAUAGAAGUCGUAGAUAUCGCUAAUUUUUUUUUUUUUUUUUUUUUAAUCCUACGCUUAAAGUAUAAACAUUUGUUUUCCUUUGCGACGAGCAUUCAAUAGAUCAUGAGAAUUUUUAUUUUUAUUGAUUCGCCAUAUUUUGUUCUUCUACUCAUUUAUAUACUCUUUUUUUAGAGGUUGAAAAGAGAUCUUUUUAUUUCGUUUUCAUUCUUUUUCAUAUAUAUAUUCUCGUGAGCUAAACGGAGUUUAUUUUUGUAUCUGAAAAUUAUUAUAUUAUAUACGAUAUAAGAGAACAUGAUAUUUUGGAUGCCCUAUAUAAAAGUAUGCAAGCAAGGAUGCAUGAGUGAGUUAUUUCUUUUCUUCUGGUUAUUGCGCUUUAAUCCAUUGUGAUCUAAUGAUUCUUUUUUUCAAAUUAUUUCAAUUAAUAUAUUCUGAAUACAUUAAAGUUGAUUGACAACGUUUCAAACUCUUGGUAUAUCAAUUUUCUUUAUAAUAUGAUUAUUUUUUUUUUUUAUAAAUGAACUCAAAUACAUUGGCUUUUUAUACGAGCACAGUAUGUAAUUAUGAAAGCUUUAAUUAUGAUUAAUUUGAAUUUUGUUAAUCAGUGCUCAUUAAUUAAGAAUAAUAUAUAUGUAUCUUGCUCAUCUCCCAAUUCUUAGAAAAUUGUAUUUCUUGGAAAAUUUACACAUGCAAAGCAUAUAUUCCCAUUUUUUCAUACUAGUACAAAGUAUAGCAAUAUAACUAUUCAUACAUAUCAAUUUUUCCAAUCUUUUAUCGAGCUCUCUAUAUAAUAAGCAAUAUUUUAUUCUUCAUCUUAAUUUUAAUAAUUUAAUUUCAUUGUAUCCAAAUAGUUUCCAAGAAAUUAUGAUGCAAAUAAAAAAAAAGAAAAUACAAUGAGAAAUCACAAUGGAUUAAUACAAUAAGAAAAUGACUCGAGUGUAAUUAAAUCAAAUGAUAUCAAUAAUUUCAAAUUAAGUGAAGCAAUGAAUUCAAAGUAGAAAGUCAAAAUGAGAAUUAAAACGAGCAAUAAGUUUUGAGAGAAAUAAUCGAUAUUGUAACAGAUGAAUUUAGUGAUCUUUGCAAUCUAUGUAAGUACUGGAUGAAGAAAUGCUUCAGAGAUUUUAUCAUACCUAUAAUAAGAUUUGAAAGAAGUUAAAUUUAAAAAAAAAAAAGCAAUAUUUUUUUAAUCAUCAGAAUAUGAUCUUUGCUCAUAUGAAGUGAAAUCAAAUUUUAAGAUUUUAUAUAAUAUUUUUAAGGAAAUAUAACUAGGAUGUGGUUAUAAAAAUAAUGUAAUCCAAUUUUUUAGUUAAUAUAUGUAUACAUUUUAAUCACAUUCACUUUUUAUACAAUAAUUUCCAGCACUAUAUUGUCUUUAACUAUGUAUCUUUGUUUAAAAUAUAUACAUAAGAAUAUUGAAAGAAGAAUUACUGUAGAAUCACUGUAUGUUAGGAUUACUGUAGAAUUCUUCAUUCAAGGUGAUGAUAGGAAAACUGUUGAAUAUCGAUUGUUAUAGGAAAGAGUUAAGUUUGAUCGAGCAAAAUUAAGGUCGAAAAUCAAAAUGAUUUAUAAAUACGAUCACUUACAAUUUAAAAUUUAUCAUCAUAACAAAUCAAAUGAAUGAAACAAAUAAGGAUAAAGUUUUUUGAAAGCCAAAAGUACAUAUUUUUAUGAAGAAUCAUAAAAAAACUAUCUAUCUAUCUCAUCUAUUAUAUUGAAACUUCUACUUUUGCUCGUUCAAAUAUAAUAACUCUUAAUAUUCUCAACGACUAACUGCCACAUAGAAGCACGCGCGUUUUUUGAAUUUGUUUAGAAUAUUUUUUUUUUUUCUGUUCAUUCUUGUUAAUAACUCAAAUUUUUAACAAAACUCUGAUCAGCGUUUAAGUUGAUUUGCAUGACUGUAACGACUGAAAUACUUUUAGGAGUAUAUGGAGUAUGACUGAUUAGUUUUUAAAUAAAGAGUAAUAUUGUUGAACGUUUUAUACGUGAUUAGGAUUAAUUGUACUUAAGAUAUCCAAUACAAUCCAAAUUUCAAAACUAAUUGAAGAUUGGAUUAAUCGUAUUACGAAAUCAGAAAAAUAAAGAUCUAAUCAGUAAAUAUUAA